AUGGAUAAUGAUUUAAAUGAGCUGAAAAAGACAGGCCUUCGCCAUUUGUCUAACACUAGCUAAUGUAUAGUUGAAGAAUAGCAUAAUGAAAUGGAAUUUCAAAAAACCUCUACCAAAUUUUCUGUAAAAAAGAGAUAAAUACUUAAUUAAACUAAUGGUUUUUAGUCGCUUCAAUUUUCUAAGGGAAUGAUUCAAGUGAUAGGAGAAAAAGAUGCUAAAAACAAUCCUAAUUUAUAAAAUUUAAAUAUAGACUCAGAGAGUCUCAACAAGAAUAGACCUAAAAAUGUGGAGGAAUAAUACGAAUAAAAGUAUAGAGAUAUAGCUAUAGCGGAAAAUUCAACAAAUAAAAAUGAUUAGAGAGCUUACAUUGCUAAAGAACGUUAAAAUAAUAAAGGGUUAUUUGAUGAAGCUAAUGGAUUCAAUAUUUAACGCUUUUUAAAGAGGGUUGCAGAAGAAAAGCUUUAUGGUGCUUUUUUGCAGACUCUUAAGAAUAACGACAUGCAAGGGCAAGCAGUAAAUACUCAAAGAAGGAUGUAGUUUUCUUUAUACAGUCCUAGUAAAACUAGUUCUUAAUUUGAAUAUAAUUCAUAAUUCAAUCAAUCAUAAAAUACAUCACCAAAUUCAAUACAAAAAUGUGGCUACGAAACUAAUUACACGCUUAAUUCAAAAAUGGAGAAUACUGCAAAUAAAUUUUACAAUUCGAAGCGCCCUUUUUCUACUAAUCAGAGGGUUCAAGGGGAUUAGUUGAGCUCAAAUGUAAAUUCAUUUUAUAAUUUAGGAGAAUUAAAUUCUUCUAGAGAGUAAUAAAGUAUUAAUAGUGCUUACUAAAGACUAAAGUUUAACAAGAACAAAUUUGACUUAAAUAACAAAAGCUUUUAUGGAAACGAUCAAACAAUAAUACCAUCUUAUUUAAACAGUGAAGUAGGAACAGAGAGAUAACUAGUUUAAGAUUAAGACUCUUAUAGGGAAACGACGGCUUUAUCUAAAGAUCGGAGAUUAGAAACACCUUCAAGGAAUAAUGGAAAUUAAAGCAUUUUUGUUUCAGCUCCAAUGAGCAGCUUGCUUAAAAAGAGACAAAAACAUUACUCAAUAUCAUAUAAUAGUAAUAAUGAAUAAGUUAGUAGUAUUUAGCAAUCUCCUAAUAUAUUUUAAUCAAUUAAUGCUAAUUAAAAUUAAACUGAAAGAAAAAUUUAAAGCGCUUUGAGAAAAACACAUUAUUUCUCUGACAUUAAAUAAAAGAGUAAUCAUAUUUCAAUAGAUAAUGACUUCAUAUAACAAAAAUAAAGUUAAGAAGGAGUUCAUUAGGUUCUUGCAAAGUCUUUGGCUGCAAGUCCAGUGUAUAAAAGGAAUGAAGAAGGCCCUUAUUCCUAAAUUAUGAAUAGAGAUAACUCUAUGAAAAAAACAAAUCGUUCUUUUUAAGAUAUUCCUUAUUUUACAAAUAAUCUGCCUAGCAACAAAACUCUUAAAUAAAAUUUCUCUACUUUAAAAAAGAAAAAUGAUCCAAAUUAGUUUAAAAUGAUAAGUGCAAGUGAGUGGAAAGAAAGAAGUAUAUCAUAGUAAUUCAAAAUAAUUUAAUCAGAAGGUAGUUUAAACAAAAACAAUCACUCUCAUUACUAUCAUAUAAAGCUCAAUCACAAGGAAUAAGGCUUGCAUCAAAUAUUUAAAAAAAUAUCAAAUGCUCCUGAGUAGCAAUAAAUUCUCAAUAUACGUACAACUAGAGCUAAUUUCCGCUAGUACCUGCUGAAGAGAUAUCAUGAAGGUUUGGUAGAGAAGCUCAUUUCAUUUUUAGAGAUUCCGUUAAAAGUAGAUUACAUGACAUAUGUGAGAUUAGUAGAGAAGCUAUUAAAUUUAACUCCUAAGUAAAAGGUGGUGCUUUGUUUUAUUUUGCUUGACGAAAAUGAAGACGGCUACAUUUGUAAUUCAGAUAUGUUUUCCUUUUUGCGUAAAAAUCAGAAUAAAUUAACAGAAAUAGAUAUAAAAAACGUAAGUAGAUUUGCUUAAACUGAACUAAACUCUUUAGUAAAUUACUCAAAUGAAGACAAUGAGCUUGAAAAAAUACUGAUUAAGAAAAAUAAUUUGACUUUGACAGAAUAUAAACUCUUUUAGAAAAAGGGUGUUGAAUGUCUUAUCCCGACAACAGUAAAAAAAGAUACACUUUAUCAUGUAAGUUUCCAAAUUAUUGAACACUCAAACAAAUACAGACAAACAGUGCGUCAACUAGAAGAAACGAAAAGAAACCAAUUGCAAGACUUAAAGAAAAGCAAAAACAGGGUUUGCAAUUACAUAAAAGAUUCUUCGUUUUGCAUUAAUUUCGAUUAAUUUGAAAUUCACCUGUCUCGCAUGGAGAAUAUUCUCAACAUAUUUUUUGAUAUACUAGCAUAUAUAUCUUUAAUACAGUUCUCUUACAUUGAAUAUAUGAAUUACGAUAAAACAUAUUAUGCUAACUUUUAAAGCUACAAGAGCGAGCAGGUAGAAUUCAAAUCUGCCUAUGCUAAACUACUUAAACAACAUGAAGAAAAUAUGACUGAAAUAAAACCAAAGUAAGGCUCAAAUCAUAUUUAAAUUGAAAAAGUGAAUAUUCCUGAAAAAAUUCAGCUGAACAGAACCCUAACCCACAGAACAACUCCAAUGAAUCAAGGGAGUGACCAAAAAAACUAAAGUUUUAGUAAAAACUGA